ACAGCCAUCUGUAAAGAAAAAAAUCUAUUUCUCUGUCGUGUUCUUUUCGUCACAGUGAUUUUUUGUUAUUUAUUGUAAGGAAUAUAAUAAAUUGCUGAUAUAAUUUAAUUAAUACAAAAUCAUUUAAGCUUAGAAAAGUUAAAUAAAACAAUAUGGCCUUAAAUUAUGAGGAGAUGAGUUGGAGAGAUGUACGUGAUCAUUUUCGCAAGUGGAGGGAAGAUAACGAACGUCGCAGUGAUGAUGUUAUUCAAUUAUGGGAGGCUGUACUUGAUGAUAAAGUAACAAAAACUGGCAACGAACGGCAUCUAAUUCUAGAACAGGUUAUUCUGGCAGCAUUAGAUACUUCCCGUUUUGAUAUUGCGGGCAAAUGUAUAAAGGAAUUAAGUACAGAAUUUCCAGGAAGUAUGAGAGUAAUGAAGUUUAAAGCAAUGCGUCUUGAAGCCAUGGAACGUUAUUCAGAAGCUAUUGAGGUACUAGAUGCAAUAAUUGCCAAAGAUGAAACCAAUGCAGCACCAAGAAAACGCAAAAUUGCCAUACUUAAAGCCAAAGGUCGUCGUGUAGAUUCCAUAAAGGAAUUAAAUGAAUAUUUAAAGAAGUUUAUGUCUGAUCAAGAAGCAUGGCAGGAAUUAUGUAGUUUGUAUUUGUCCGAGGGCGAUUAUGUUAAAGCCGCCUUCUGUAUGGAAGAGGUCUUAUUGCACAAUCCUCACAGUCACUUGGUUCAUCAACGAUUAGCUGAAAUUCGUUAUACUAUGGGUGGUAUGGAGAAUAUUGAAGUGGCUCGUACGUAUUAUUCACAGGCUUUGAAACUUAAUCCAAACAAUUUGCGUGCACUUUAUGGUUUAUAUUUGUGCUGCAGCAGCAUAGCAAACUCUAGGGCUCUUGGAUCCAAGCGCAAAGAAGCCCUUAAAAUGGCUCAAUGGGCUUUAGAACAGGCCAAUCAUAGAACAUCGAAAUUGUCAAAGAUUGAAAAUAACGAAAAACUGAUUUCAUCCCUUGAAAGUGCUUUUGGUAAUUUGGAAAUAAAAUCUAAUUGACCAGAACGAUGACUACCAGCAAGAGCAUUUAUUUACAGAAGCCUUUUAUGUUAAUGAAUGUCAUAAUGUUAACUUGUAUGUGUGUAGUCAGCGAGUCUUUAGUGAUUCAUUUUAACAUACAUUAUAAAAAUAAAUACAUAUAGAAUAAUACGUACAUGUAUAUGUCUAGCAUAAAAUAAGUAAUUAUAUCAAGAAAAAGCCAAAUGUCAGUCAUAUCGACAUUAAGUAAAUCAAUCAGUCGUUCAAUACAAUAAUCAGACAUUCAAACAAAAUCUACUACAUCCCCCGGAGUUUCGAACUAAUAAUCUAGUUGGUUUUUAUUUAUUAUGUUGUGUAAGGUGUAGUUUUAGUUAAUACUUCUUUUCUAAACAUUAUAAUUAUCAAAUUGAAAAUUGUUAAUUUCUAUUAUUUACGAGUGGGCCACAAUCACAGCUUUUGUAAUUGUAUAGUAAUUUUGGUUUAAUGUGUAUUACAAAAAUAAAUAAACGUGUUACUCUUCGUAAUUCGUAAAUUAUAAAACAAA